UUUUUGUAAAAGCAACUUAUAAGACACAUGAAAGAUGAGCAGUAUUUAGCUUGUACGCAUUGUAAACUAUCAAUAGUUUAUGUAUAUAUAUGCUAAUGCAGAACUAGCUUGUAAUCUUGCAUGGAGCAAAGAGGGUCAUGUCAUGACUUGUAAAAUUGCUCAGGACUUGCUGGAACCGGAAGCGCAUCACGCAGUUCAAAUGCUGCUUCCAGACUACGUGAAUGGCGAUUUGUCGGCGCUGUGUGUUUGGCCAGACCAAGUAAGACACUGGUAUAGGUACCGAUGGACGAGCCCUCUUCACUUCAUUGACACACCAGACCGAGCCUGCAAUUUUAAAUAUCAGAGGGACUGCCAUGACCCAAAGGGUGCGAAGGAUAUGUGCGUCGCAGGUGCCAUCCGGAACUUCACCAAUCAACUCUCACAUUACCAUCACGGGACCUCUGAUCGACGCUAUAACAUGACAGAAGCAUUGUUGUUUUUAGCACAUUUCAUGGGAGACAUCCAUCAGCCAAUGCAUGUUGGGUUCACAAGCGACGAAGGUGGAAACACUGUGGAGUUGCGCUGGUUCAGGCACAAGUCGAAUCUGCACCAUGUGUGGGAUAGAGAGAUAAUUCUUACAGCCGCGGCGAAUUACUAUGGAAAGGACAUCAACCUCCUCCAGCAAGACAUUCAAGGAAAUUUUACUGAAGGACUCUGGUCCAGCGAUCUUGCCUCAUGGAGAGAAUGUAGUCACAUAUCUUCUUGUGUGAGCAAGUAUGCUGCUGAGAGUAUGGAUACGGCUUGCAAAUGGGGAUACAAAGGUGUUGAGUCAGGGGACACUCUUUCUGAUGAUUACUUCAACUCGAGAUUGCCCAUUGUUAUGAAGCGGAUAGCUCAGGGAGGAGUCCGGUUAGGCAUGAUUUUGAACCGGGUUUUUGCUGGUGAUAGCUUAGAGAUGGAGGAAACUCUUGUUGCUACAUGAUUACUCAAUCCUUCAAACAAACUAACCACCUUCACUUUCCAUUGCGUUUCAAUUUCGAAUUUCAUUAUUUUUAUGUAUGUCGUCUUAAAUGCUCCAUCCAUCCCUAAUAAUUUGUCACAAUUUGA